AUGAAGCUUAGCCCAAUCGUCUUGUUCACUAUCUUAACAUUUUCUACUGCUACUAAAACCUUUCAAGGCCAGAAUUCUGUUGAGGCUCUUACAAACAAUACCGCUGGUUUGCAGAAAAGAGGAGGUCCUAAAGGAAACCUUACUUGGGAAUUAGUUGAGCGCCGUGGAAUCAUUUAUAAUGACCGUUCUCAAGAAGAGCCUACAAGAAGGGUAUUCAAACGUGACUUUGUUCCUACUAAUCUUACAGCAUCAAGAGUAAACAAUUCAAACGAGUAUUCGAGACGCCAUGAUCUCUCCCAAACUCCUUCUCCGGGUAAAUGGAAUUCUACUAGUAUUGCAACCACCAAGCAAGAUUCACCGGUGCUUAAGAGAUCCAAUCCUUAUGCCAAUUCAACUCAGUUUGUCUCAAGUGGUACUAAUUCAACUGGAUACAAUGAUAAGCGAGACACAAUAGCUUCAAGCAGCUGUACUACUACCAAGAACAUUCAGAAGAAAUGCCAUGCUGAAGGUGGUAUAUCUCUUAGAGACUGUGUUUGUGUUUUGUCAGGGAAAGAAUAUUGGAACUCUGCUUACGAAUGUUACGUUUCUGAAGGCAAUUUUGCCAUUUCUUCAGCCGCUCAGUACAAAUUCCAAUUUUGCAAGUACAAGGUCUCUCGAUAG